AUGGACGGCGGGAAGAAGCAGGGUCGGGACGACCGCAAGGCAUCGCAAGGCCGCAGCGACCGCAAGUCGGGGUCCGGGAUGAGCGGUGACGCCAAGAAGGGUGGUCGCGACGGCAAGUUCACCUGGGAGGACGCCGACGGCUACACCGACGAGGACCUCGACCUCGUCGCCAGCAAGGGCCCGGGGACCGACGCCUCCGCCUCCGGCAAGAACAAGUCCUAG